CUCUCUCUCUCUCUCCUCUCGCAACUACGAUAUUCUCGAAAAUGCCUCACGUCGAUCAGGUUCUCCUCCCCCUCAUGUUUCAAGUCCUUGCGCGCCGUCUGACAAGAGCCGAAAUGGCCAACAUCCGUGCUGGAAACAGCUUCCGAUUCUCCCGUCGCCGCGUCAAGCGCUGGACUGACGGUCGCCGCUGGGGCCGUGGGUACAGGUUGGCAUCCGGCUCGUUUGUUUACAAGGAGAUCGACGAACACGGCUCAAUUUUGAGGAACGGUCUGACCAAGGUUGUUGGCGAAGACGACGACGACACGAGCGUCCGGACUGUGACUUACUCCAACACCGACAACAACGCCGCUGAGCUGAACAACUUCGUCGCACCCCCCGAUUUGUUUGCUCCCCUUCUGAACGCCCACGCACGUGCUAAUGAUGAAAUGCUGCUGCCGCUGAUUCAUCGUCUGAUUGACCUCCUGAACGUCAACGUUGCCGACAACAUCAAUCCCGCACCGCCCCCGAUUGCUGAGGCCCCCGCGAUUGUGGGUGCUGAUGUGCCGUUCGACCUCGAUUCUCUCCUGCUCCCGCCUUUUCUUAACGACCUUGUCGAUGACGAGCCCAAGUUUGCCGAUCUUUUCAUCGACAAUGUCAACUUUGAUGCUCCUGUCCAGCCCGCUGACUCGCCGAUGGCGGCUGGUCUUCGCUUUAUGCUGGAUUCGCCCGUAUUCCAGUGAUGCGACGCACGCAACGAGCCUGGUGCUUUUCGUUUUCGGCGACGCGGAGACC